GCGCCGUCGGGCGGGGAGGCGACGAGGGGCGCUAGUCGGGCCCUGGAGCUGCGGGCAGAGACGCGGGAGGUGGCAGGAACUUCUUCGAGAACCUUCCUUCGGCCCGGGCGGCGCUCCGAGCCAGGCGCCGCGGCCGCGCGGGGAGGCGGAUGGCGGCUCGCGUGUAACCGGAGCCGCGGGGCUCGGCCCGGGCUCCGCCCGCGGGUGUCCGGCCGCCCCUCGGAGCGCCCCCCGCAGGCAUGGCGGAGAGCUGGCUGCGCCUGUCGGGCGCGGCGGCGGCGGAGGGCGGCCUGGAGGAGGCGGGCGCCCUGGAUGACAGCCUGACCAGCCUGCAGUGGCUGCAAGGAUUCUCCAUCCUCAACGCCAAGGCCCCGGCCCUGCCCCCCGGGGGCACCGACCCCCACGGCUACCACCAGGUCCCGGGCUCCGUGGCGCCGGGAUCCCCGCUGGCGGCCGACCCCGCCUGCCUGGGCCAGCCGCACACGCCGGGCAAGCCCACCUCGUCGUGCACGUCCCGCAGCGCGCCCCCGGGGCUGCAGGCCCCACCCCCCGACGACGUGGACUACGCCAGCAACCCGCACGUGAAGCCGCCCUACUCGUACGCCACGCUCAUCUGCAUGGCCAUGCAGGCCAGCAAGGCCACCAAGAUCACGCUGUCGGCCAUCUACAAGUGGAUCACCGACAACUUCUGCUACUUCCGCCACGCAGACCCCACCUGGCAGAACUCCAUCCGCCACAACCUGUCCUUGAACAAAUGCUUCAUCAAGGUGCCUCGGGAGAAGGACGAGCCGGGCAAGGGGGGCUUCUGGCGCAUCGACCCCCAGUACGCCGAGCGGCUGCUGAGCGGCGCCUUCAAGAAGCGGCGCCUGCCGCCUGUGCACAUCCACCCGGCCUUCGCCCGCCCGGCCUCGCAGGAGCCCAGCGCCGCGCCCUGGGCCGGGCCCCUGAGCGUCAACCCGGACGCCCAGCAGCUGCUGCGGGAGUUCGAGGAGGCCACGGGGGAGGCGGGCUGGGGGGCCGGCGAGGGCCGGCUGGGCCACAAGCGCAAACAGCCGCUGCCCAAGCGCGUGGCCAAGGCCCCGCGGGCCCCCAGCACGCUGCUGCUGACCCAGGAGGAGCAGCGGGAGCUGGAGCCCCUCAAGGGCAACUUUGACUGGGAGGCCAUCUUCGACGCGGGCGCGCUGGGCGGGGAGCUGGGCGCCCUGGACGGCCUGGAGCUGAGCCCGCCGCUGAGCCCCGCGGGCGACGUGGACCUCACCGUCCACGGACGCCACAUCGACUGCCCGGCGCCCUGGGGGCCGCCCGGAGAGCAGGCCGCCAACAGCCUGGACUUCGACGAGACCUUCGUGGCCACGUCCUUCCUGCAGCACCCCUGGGACGAGAGCGGCGGCGGCUGCCUGUCCCCCGAGCCCCUGUUCGAGGCCGGUGACGCCGCGCUGGCCGCUGACCUGCAGGACUGGGCCAGCAUGGGCGCCUUCUUGUAAGGGAGCAGCCCCACACACGCGCCCCGGGCAGCGCCGAGGGCGGCCCAGACUGCCCCCACCACCGGCCCCACGAUCCGCCACAGCCCAGGCAGGGCCUGAGGCCUGGAACCCGAGGCCAGCCACCCCCGCCCCCAGCUCGGACCCUUCCUGCAAGCCCGGCUGAGAACUGGGGGCCCUCGGGGCCGGAAUUGCUGCCUCCCCGCCCCCAGCCCCCAUACACAGUGUUUGCUCCAUCUUCGUCUUUUCCUGCCCCAGACAGUAGCUGAACCGCCUCCUGCGCUGUUGGAGGGGCCUGGCGGGGCGGCGGCGGGCGGGUGCCCAGAGCCCUCCGCGGGCGGCUUCUCCCCGCUCCCAGGUCUCUAUCCAGAGAAAGUUCCCAGGUACAACAGAUGCUAAUUAGCUGACAGCAAAUUAACCCCCUGGAGGCUUCUCCCGUCAAAACUUCCCCAGGGCCUGGCCGGGCGGAGGCUGGGAGAGGGGCGCAGAGGAGCCGGAGUCGCCGAGGCGGUGCAGAGACAUCCUCUAAGGCCCUGGAGGUGGGGCCGAGCCCCGGCCGAGCGGGGGCUCUGCGGCGGGGCCCGCUGCGGGGGGCGGGCGCUAGGUAGAGUAGCUGUAGCGAAGGGUUAACCAGGAGGUCCCGACUGAGCUGCCCCCAGCCGCCUCCUGCCUCCACCUUUCCGCCCCACGGGGCCCUUUAACCUUUUUUUCAUGGAAAGUUAUUUACAAUACAACAUUUUUAAAAUUAAAGUUUUUUAAAA